AUGAUCGAGAAGUUUGCGGAGGAUGAGUUUGGAACGGGGAAACAGAGUCAUCCAUUCCUCCAUCUUCGAUCCCGACGCCUACAUGUAGUUCUUAUGCUUAUGUACGCCUACUUCUGUAUGGCUCAAAUAUCCGGGCCAAUUGGAUUCACACUAUCAUGCAUGUGCAACUCCACAGCAAUCGCUUUGCUGAACCAAAACAAAACAUUGGAAAACUCAACGACGACACCGGCAAUUCCAUUGGAGCUCCUUUCUUCAACGACUCCAAAGUUGAUUAGCGAUUUUGAAGAGCAAAAUUGCGCAGAGUUUGAUAAAAAACCAGUGGAUUAUGGAGGCGACCUCGUCUGGGAUACCGAAUGGCAAAGUGCAGUUGUCUCCGCGACGUUCUUUGGUGGAUUCCUAUUUUCCUACCCUGCUGGAUUCCUCGUCGACAGAUUCUCAGCUCGACACAAUCUCUCAGCUGCCAUUUUCAUUCUAACAGCUGCUGCAAUCCUGAUGCCAUUCCUGGCUACAACCUUCCAAGCACCAGGAGCAAUUGUCAGUCGAUUCCUCAUGGGAGUCAGUGAGACUCUUCUGAUCCCUUCUCUGAAUUCAGUCGUCACCAAAUGGAUCCCAGUCAAUGAGAAAAGUCUGGCAGCUGCGAUUUUCACUGCUGGAAAUCAACUUUCUGGAAUAUUCGGAAACAUUCUCAUCGCAGAGUUAUGCGCCAGCCCUGUAUUCGGAUGGAGCUCUAUUUUCUACAGUGCUAGCCUUUUUGGAAUCUCCUGGUUGAUUCUUUGGCAUCUGACAGUUAGAAACUCUCCACAUAAUACUAAAUGGAUUCACGAAAGAGAGUUGGAUUAUCUAGCCAAUCAGAUUCCACCAAAGCACAAUUCUGUGUCCAAAAAGUUGGAGGUCCCAUGGAAAGGAAUGCUUACAUCUAGAGUUUUCUGGGCUCUGAUGUGCAAUAGUGUAGUUGGAAAUAUGAUGAUUGCAUUGAUCUUCAUUUAUAUGCCGGUUUAUUUCAAAGAUGUGCUCAAGUUGGAUGUAAAAUCGAACGGUUUCUACUCUGCCAUCCCUCAUCUAUCCAACCUUAUUGCCAAACUGAUUUGGGGAUAUGUGAUGGAUAUGUUGCGAAAAAAGAAGAUCAUGUCUCCAACCGCCACUUGCAAACUGUCUCAAUUCACUUCGAUGAUGGGCAUUUCCGUUUCUUGCUUUUUGUUGACAUUUGUAAAUUGUAACCAGCAAACUACGGCUCUUGUGUUGCUAUCUUGUAUUUCCGUGUUCUUCAGUCUCUCCAUUUCCGGUUUCUACACAGCGCUUCUUUCAAUUGCUCCGUCACAUAUUGGAACGUUGACUGGUUUUGGAACUGUUAUUGGAUUCCUUGGCCGAUCCAUUUCUCCACUGAUGAUGUCAAUCUUCCAAACUGAAACCAACGGAACAAAAGUUACAAAUUGGCCUAUUAUCCUCUUGGCUUACACCUUUGCCACAGCGUUCGGAGCCAUCAUUUUUGUGAUCUUUGCCUCUGCGGAAGUUCAAGAAUGGGACUAUUCAAAACGACACAAAUCAUCUCGACCGAAUGCGUUGGUGGCUCCGGAAUCCGAGAAAAGUCUUGAGGAUUUUUAA